AUGACAACAACGCCUUGCUCUUUACCUUGCGUACCGCAUAUUGUUGGGCCGGAUAGAGGGUCGAAUAACGAGAUUAUGAAAGCUCAGAAUUAUCAAACCCCACCGCCAUCACGACCUACAGAGACGAUGAUGGAUCCUCAAAGACAACAAGAACCUAUCUCGUCUUCAUCCUCCACCACCGAGGCCGAAGUCGAAACACCCACCAACGACCCCCCACCACCACCACCACCAAAAACCCUCCUCACGGCUUCCAAACUUUGGAACUACCUCAAUCAAGACAUCAAACCCACCGCCUUUGCCGAGAUCCAACUUACGCUUUUAACAUUCUGCAUCGGUUUACAAGACGCAGUCUCCUUCCCCGACUUCCACUGCUUCGCCUCCAACCAAACAGGCAACACCGUCUUCCUCGUCCUAGCCAUCAUCCUCCCCGAGAUGAACGGCGAGAUGUUUGUCACCUCCAACAUCGCCGUCGCCCUGGGCUUCUUCCUCGCGGCCGCCUACCUCACCGGCCAGCUCGGGCACAUCAUCGGCCCCCGCCGCCGCUUGUACAUCAUAAUCUGCAAUCUCAUCCAGACCUGCCUCGUCUUUGCGACUGCUGUCCUGCAGUACAAGAAGGGGGUCGAGCCCCAGGGUACACGAACCCUCCUGGCGAUUGGGUUUCUUGCCACUGCUGCGGGAUCGCAGGUUGUGGUGAGUAGGAGUUUGAAGAUGACCGAGAUUAGCACGGCGAUGGCGACGGCGGCGUGGUUGGAUUUGGUGAUUGAUCCUGAUUUGAUGAGGGUGAAAAAUAGGGGGAGGAAUAGGAGGUUGAUGUUUUUGGGGAGUUUGAUUUUGGGGACGUUGGUGGGGGCGGUGAUUUUCAAGAGGGUGGGGAGUGCGGUUGCGUUGUUUGUUAGUGCUGGGGGGAAGGGGGUGGUGACGGGGAUGUGGUUUGGUGUUGAGGGGGAGGAAAGUAGGAAGAGGGAGGGGCGGGAAGAGAAGGGGGAGAUGGGGGUGAUGGUUUAAGGGGAAAGGGGAAGUGAUGAUGAUGACAACAUUAGCGUGGAGUUUUGGGAUCUGGGAUACCUGGGUUUUUGCUUUAGAUGACUAGAAGACAAAAGCUGGGUUUAGAUAUGAUGUAUGAGGAGAAUUUUAGAGUACCCUAGAAUGUGUUGUGAUGGUCAGCUUUCAAACCUGUAAUCCUGUUUUCUAUUG